UUUCAGCUGACACAUGAACUUGGCUACGAUGGAGGCGGCUUCUUCUCACCGGACAGCAAGAAAAUUGUUUAUCGUGCAAGUCGGCCGAAGACAGACGAAGAAAUCGCAACGUACAAAUAUCUACUCGAACGCGAUCUGAUUGCUCCUAACGAAAUGGAGUUGUAUGUGAUGAACGUGGACGGCAGUGGUAAACGACCUGUGUUCAAGACACCACUUGGUCAAAUCAGCUGGGCCCCUUACUAUCAUCCGGACAAUAAAAGGAUCAUUUUUAGUUCCAACUUCAACUCGACGGGUCCCGACGAUCCCGAUUUCAACUUGUACAUAGUUAAUGAGGACGGCACUGGUCUCGAGCAGGUGACCUUCGACGGAAGUCACUUUGAUGGAUUCCCAAUGUUCUCUCAUGAUGGCAAAAAACUUGUCUGGUCAUCGGGUCGAGGCUCCGUCAGUUCACAUAGCCAGAAUGUUUUCAUCGCUGAUUGGGUUGAUCCUGGAACAAGCGCCAGUGAUGUCAGUAACGGUGAGCUGGAGAGAGGAGGAUCAAAGGAAGAAUUGCGAACGAAUCGUAUUCCGAAAAAGGCUUCUCAGGAAAAAGUAAUGCGCUGGCAGGACACAACCACUGCUCCAUAUGACGACAUCAUUCAUUUCAAAGGAGAGCGGCAUUUCAGGAAUGUCAAACAGUUAACUUUCGGUGGGCAGAAUGCUGAGGGCUAUUUCAGUUACGACGAUUCGAAACUUACUCUUCAGGCGACCGGCUAUGGAACCGCUUGCGAUCAGAUCUAUGAGCUCGACCUCAACAAAGAUCCAAGGGAUCAGAUAAUGAGAAGGAUCAGUACCGGUCUAGGUACCACCACUUGCUCGUUCUUCUACAAAGAGCCUGAUAACGAUCGUCGGCUUUAUGCUGGAAACUUCUGGGCGUUGAAUGCAACGACGUUCAAGAACAUCAGGAACACUUGUCCAGCGAAGAAAUGCGCGAAUCCGGCGACCAUAACAGAUCCGGUGCUGAAGCAGCUUUGUAACACCUCCUACACUUGGGACGUUUUCCCUGACUACGAUAUAUUCCUGCCCCGAUGGGAAAACAAUCGCGUUCACAUCGGAUUCGUCCGGGAGCACUUCAGAGUUGUAUUACGCAUGAAAAAGGAUGGCCGCUCGUGGACGAAUGUCGAAACAGAUUACCAUGACUGCGGCUACGACGGUGGGAUCGUUCGUUCGUGCGCAGAUGUCCGGAAAGCUCCGGCAGGUCAGUUAAUAUUUCCUAAUGUGAUCUGCCUGCAGAAGCUGCUUGAGUACAACUUGGUGGAGCCAGUACUGAUGGAAUUGUACGUGGUGGACGUGGAUGGCUCCAACAUGAGACAAAUCACCAACCUCAGCGUUGCCAGCUGGGCACCGUAUUACCUGGCAGACAACAAACGGAUUGUGUUCAGCUCGAACUACAAUGCAAGUGACAACGGAUUUGGAGCUUUCGCUCUGUUUGUUAUAAAUGAUGACGGAACCGGAUUGGAGCGGAUGGUUUUCCCCGAUCAUUCCAAUGUGACCGCAAACGCAAUGAAGGGAGACACUGAAGACAAGAUUGAUGGAACCUGA